AAGUAACUCGAAUUCGUCGGUAUUAGAGGAAAAGCAACAGAAACCAGAAGAAGAAACAGCGGCGGUUGCGAGUGAAAGUUGUACAAGUAACGAAGUACAGUCGUCGUCGUCUACAAAUGCGGUACAAAGCACCAAGAGUGAUGAUGGAAACAAAAGUGUCUUAAUGACUGACGGUAAUACGAGUAGUAAUAGUAGUAAACAAGAGGAAAAGAGUAGUAGUAAUAGUAGCAAUAGCGUCGUUACACCGAACAAUGAGCCCACUGAAGAGGCAGAAGUGAGUGUGAAUUUCCUGGAUCGCGUUAUCAAGCACGCGCUCAACAACACACUGCCCAUCGGGAAUUUCGACUCGACGAAGCCUUUCGAUCUCGUCAAUCGUCGUCCCGGGGGUCUGCCGAAUUUCAACCAUCAGCCAAUGGCUUCUUCCUCGACGGUGACGUCAUCGUCCACGACAACAACGACGACUGUGGGUGGCGAAAAUAGUAGCUGUGAUAACGAUAGUAAGAAGGAAAGUGACUUAAAGGGAGUAAUUGUGAAGAAAUCCGAUGAAAAUAUGUCAUCGUCCGCGUCUCCCAAACGAGAAACGAGUGAGAAUUCCGUAGUAGUUGUUAAUAAUCAAAAGAGUUGUGAUGCCGAACAUUCCUCCAGUAGUAGCAAUAAUGUGCAACAACCCGUUGUGACGUCAUCGAUGCACCAUAGCACGGCACCGAGUGUCGUGAUUCAAGCAACGAGUCAAAUGUCCAACAACGAGCCGACAAAUUUGACGAUGCAAGACGGUUCAAAGACUGAAACGCGACAAGAGAUCAUCGAUAAGAAGUACAAGACGAAAGAAGAUCUCAAAAAUGCUCGUAUUAUGGCAUCUCGUCUCGAAUCUUCGCACGAAUCUAUCAAUUUAUCACUACCACCGUCUUCGUCAUCAUCUCCGUCAGUUUCCGGCAGUAAAAGUCUCUCAUUGUACGUGAGUGCGCCAGAUUUCUCGAAGAAAAUUUUCACAGCUCCCGAGAUCUCGACAGUAAAACCGCAUCAUUCGAAUCCGCUGCAUGUGAGACCUCCAGAUUUCAAUCGAGCUGCAUCACAAACGAAAGAACUGCAAAUUCCGAAUCCCGUGUUCAAACUAAAAGGAGGCGACGAAAGUCAUCUCUACAGCAAUAGUAGUGCAAAAAGUUAUCAUCGUUCAACUUCUGUUCCUAUGACUCAAGAGCAACUUGCUGAAUUGAGCAAAACUCACAAUUAUAUACCUGAUUUACGGCUGAAAUCGCCGACUGUUGUUCCAAUUCCCGUCAUUCAUCCGCCGCCGAAUCAAAAUAAGGCCGUAGAGGAAGAGCCUUUGCCGCAUGUCAUUCACAAGGCGAAAUAUCACGAAAGUAUGCCGGAAACUUGUAUCACGCCAGUGCUACGGAUUGCGGAACAUUCGAAAAUUGCAGAGCCACCGAGUCGUCAUGUCGAUCCAAAAGUUCAUUAUCCGCCCUAUAAGCCGAAACACAUGAUCGAUCCGCAAUCAUCGCAACCGCCGUUUAAGCAAAUGCGCGUCGAAGAUCACAAAAAAGUACCUUACGAUCAAAAGUAUCCGUUGCCGCAUCCAUCGACAACAACGACGACAACGGAUAAGCAUUACAUGUACAAAAUGGAAGAACCCAAAUUUGGGUUAACCAUCGAGCAGCAACAACAAAAGGAUCAUGAGUUCUCGCUGAAAGAAAAAGAACGUCAAUUACGACAAGAAGGGACAAUUAUCACCGUUAAGGCAUCGAACGAUGUCAAAAUGCUACCGUCACAUCACGUACCUAACAAUUAUCAUCAAAUGCCGCCACACCAAAGUCGUCCUGUUGAGCCAGCAAAACUCACGAAAGAGAACGUCGAUCGGCAUUUGCGUGAAAUUAAACAUUUGUAUCCACCGGGACAUCCAGCAUUGACGACGCUCGCUAAAGACAUGCCUUUGAUGAUGAAACCACGAGCGAUCCCAGAACAACCAAAGCAUGAAUCGCACGAAAAAGCAAGAUCUUCUUCAGGGCACUAUCAACCUUACAAUGAAAAGCCUUCUGGGUCGUAUCAAAAACACCCAUCGGGAUAUCCACAAAUGUAUCCCUCCGGCAAAUCCGAGAUCAGUUAUUAUCCGCAUCCUUCGGUAUCGCCUCAUGGGCAAAUGAGAUCUACCACACCUCAUGCUCCAGCUCCUGGUCAAAUGAAUCCACCCGUUAAUUGGCCCAAUCAGCGAAUGGCACCAAGCCCGCAUGCCACAAACGUUUCUCCGAGCAUGCCGCAAGUGCCGAGUCCCGUUUUUGUGCAUCCCUCAUCGAAACACUCGCCAUCUCCAACGCAAUUUAGUCGCCCGCCCGUUGCUCAAAGCCCAAAUAAAUCCGUUAGUCCGCAAUUGACGCCGCAGCAACAGCAAUAUCGACAAGUUUCCUACUCGCCAGUUCACAUGCAGCAACAUCAACAACAGCAUUCGCAACAAAAACCUCCUUCUGUCGAUGACAAAUAUCGCGAUCGUCGCGUUGUUGCUUCCUCACCAACGAUGCAACGUCCCCAAGUAGUAGUAUACGAAACAGGUAGUGGUCCUCGACGAUAUCCAUCGGAAGAGAAAAGUCCUCAAUUGAGACCUGAUCAGUAUCCGGGCAUGAAAUAUGCACAAGGACCUCCGCCACACGAACUACGGCAUGCUGCGAGUCACGAAAGUUUGAAUCGAAAUCAGCGGGAAUAUGAAAUGCAUAAAUAUGCGCAAUAUGGUCCCGAAAUGAGACGAUCUGAAAGUGAUUUGACAGGACGUCCUGCGUAUCCAAAUGAUGUUCCGAUGCACAAGCGUGACGAUUAUCGAUCGCACAGCUUGGAUCGGGCAGCGUAUGAACGUCAAAAGGAAUACGAAUAUCGCAGCAGAUCUCGCAUGCCAUCUUCCAGUCCAACGGAAUCCUAUAAAAUUCAAUUGGAUAUCUCAGCAGCAAUUAAACACGAAACCAAUCGCAACGAAUCUCCAUCGCGACACGAUCCAUAUCAUCAUCAAGGAUCUUCGUCGCGCGCUACAAUGGAAGUUCAAUCAAGUCCCUCGCCAUCAUCGCACUACCAAGCCUCGAUUCUCAUCAGACCGAGCCCAAGUACGUCAAAUUCGCGAAUGGAACAACCUCCGUCACAGCCACAUAUCAAGACAGAACCUUCUUAUGCGCCUCCGCCGAAGGAAAUUCGUCAAGAACCGCCUCCGCCAACGGUAAUAGCCACGCCUCAACACGUUGUUCAAGCCAGACCAUCUGUUGUCGCGCCACUCGUAAAACGCGAAUCACCCUUAGAUCUAUCGGUGAAAACGGUAAAGACCAAAGCUGAUUCUACCGGAAGUGAACAACAAAUGUAUCGACGCGUCGAUGAUCGAUAUGUCCUGCCAAAAGUUGAAUUUCAUCCGAAUUUCGUGCAACAUCAACAACGCCCGCCAGUUAAUGAGCGAGAACGAAGUCAAUUUGAGCCACAAUCGCAUCCUUCGCAGCAUGUUCCUGUUCUUGCGGUACCUCAUCAACAACAAUCUCAACAUCCGAUGCCGUCUUCGAGUGGCGUUCCGCAUCGAAUUCCUGUUCCUCAAGCACCUUACGAUCAAAGCAAUCACAAAAAUAUUCCAAGUCAUCAUCCGGGUAUGCAGCGAAUUCCUCCCGAAGCUCCAAAUAACGCCAAAUAUUACGAUCAACGACAUCGUUUACCGGAAGUGGCAAUUAAAGGUCCUCCGCACGACGAACGAACAAUCCAUAUCGAGGUCGGAGAACCAUAUCGUCCUGAUUUACCGCCGCACAAGCAACCAUUACAUCGUCAAGAGUCGCUUCAUGUGCGUCACGCUACGUAUCCCGCUACAGAACAACGUGCCGGAACGAGUUACAAACCAAUUCCCAUUCCACAAGCACGUGGUUCUGUUAUCAAUAAUUCUGCCGCACACGAUCCGCAAAGACUUGAAGACCGCAAAUAUGUCGAAAGUAUUUUGUAUAAGAAACAACCUCCGCCAUCAGCGAUCGCGAAUGCUGAAAUUACAUUCAGAUACAUUCAAGAUAACAAACAUGCUCCUCGUCCUUUGUCGCCGCGUGAUCGAAAGAGACCUUUGGAAUACGAAGCCUCGCAAAUUCCGCAAAAGCAAAUUCGGUACGAGCCACAACAACGUGAAAUGCCACAACAUCCAAGUCAUCAUCCUUCGAGUUAUCCAGAAAGAUACGUUCCCGCUGAGAAAAUUUAUCCUCGCGAAUCUGCUGUUGAAAUUCACGCUCACAAGAUGAUUUACGAAAGAUAUCCGCCGACAGACGCUCGAAGUUUGCAACAAUCGAAUCAUUAUCCAAAACACGAGGCACACAAUGAAGCUCCGAGACAUCCGCAUCACAUGUAUCCAGAUCCACGACAACCGGAGUCCAAAUCACAUCCGGGCGUCGUGAAAACCAUUCCGAAGGAUUCUUUUCGGCAUGACCCGAAAGACGAGCCUAGAGCGGGGUUUCCGCCGCCUCAGCAACAUCCGCACGUGAAAUAUCCGCCGCAACAAUUUUUUCCGCGACCUCCCAUGAACGAAGUUGAAGGUCUACCGCAGCAGCAGCAGCAAAAACAAACUGCUGUAACAUGGCAUCCAUCGGCGCCUCAUCCACCGCCCUUACAAUCAGCUUCGUCGUCGAGAGUGAUUGUUCCGACGCCCUUUGACAUCCGGAAUCAGUACAACGAACGUGCUGACAUGCUUGAUGCCAAAGAAAAAACUACCGUUGAAUAUCCAGCUGUUAUUGUCGAACCAAAAUCUCAUUUGGAAUCAAAUUCUGGCGUGAAUAAGGGAGCUGACAUCAACACGAUCAACAAGUUACGCACGAGCAUCGAACAAAAAGAGAUUGAACGACAACGUGUGAUGAUGCGUAAGCAGAAUAGCUCUGAAAUCUCUGAAGAUGACAGUAAUAAAGCAGACAUUGCUUCUAUUUUAGCGGCUCGUAUUCGUACGAAGGGAGAACUUAAGGGUUUUACGCCGACGGAAGUUGUGAAAGACACUCCUCCGCCGCCGCCAGUUGCUCCUGUCGAAAUCCCCAAAGACCCGAUUGAACCGCCAGCUGACAUCGAAGGCACUUCCGCUUUUGACGUCAUGGACUGGGGAAACGCUUGCAAUGAUUUCGUGGAUCAACUGCAAACUGGGAAGAAACGUGGGAGACGAAAACAGGCAAAAAUGAAGUCCGAUGACGGGAAUGACACGAAAAAGGUCGAUCCUUAUACGAACAGCAGUAAUACUCAAGGACCUGAUAGUCUCUCAACCGUUCCAAUGGAAGUCUUAAAAAACAUCGAGGAACAGCAAUUUAGUAAUUCGAGUGACGAAGACAAACCUCUCAACUUGCUAAGGCAACAAAGCACGCCCGAAUGCAAAGACGAGAACUCAAUGGGGCUCAAUAAGGGGAGCGAAACUUGUAGUUCCGCGAUGAAAAGUGGAUCUGUGAGUGAACGUUCCUCCCAAAGUAUCCGAAAAAAGCAACGACUUGUGCUUGAACAGAAAAUCGCAGCAAGAAUUGGCACUGGAAGUAGUUCCGAUACCGAACCAGAAGACAAACCGAGUCCUCGAGCGAGAAAACGCAAGUUACGAACACGAUCCAGUUUGGGUAUGAAAGAGUCUGACAAAAGUAACGAUCGACAAGAGGUGAAAAGUGAGGAGGAUUCGAGCUCAGAAUCUGAUGAAAAGGAACCAAAAAACAUCUCGCAACUUGACGGAUCCUCAGAUUCGGACAAUCAAGACAAAAGCGCGGCAAAAAAGUUUCGAAAAACUCCCGUAAAAGGAAAAAGUCAACCGGAAACGAAGCAAAAACGUCUCAGUCGACACGAAAAGCACUCGGAACAAAGUGAGCAUAGCGAAACGGAGACCAGAAAAUCCAAGUCGAAAUCAGGCGGCAAGCGGAACAAGUCAAAAAACUCAGAUUCCGAUGGCGCAAAGGACGAAACGAUGACUCGCAGCAAACGAAAGUUGGAAAUGGAGAAGAAAAUUUCCAACAGCAAGGUGCUGCGAAACGACAAGAUAGUGCAAAAUGUAACGGUCAAGAAGCCAAAAAACGUGCAAGAGGUCGCUUCCAAACAAACAAACAAUAAAGGACUCGAAAAGGGAAAGAAAAAGGACGAAUCGAAGAAUGAAAACCUGAAACGAAAGAAUUUGGAAAGCGACUGUGAGCAAAAACAAACAAAAACCCGGAAAUGUAUGACCAGAAGUCUGUCGAAAGUCGAGUCGUCCAGUUCUGACAACGAUGAGAAAGCGGCGAAUGCGAAAAAUGAUCGUUUGCGCCCACGAAAGUCAAAAGGAGAAGAAACGGAAAAAACGCCGAAACGAAAAAACUCUAAAAGUGAAGAUAUCAAGCCAAAAGUGACAAAGAAAACACCUGAAAAGGCAUCAGCAAGUCAAACCAAAUAUCCAGCUGGAUGGGAAGCCCAAUUGUAUGCCUUUAAAAAAUCACUUAAAAUUCCCGCUCGUUUGAUCAACGUGUCGCCCAAUAAUCAUCGCUAUUCCACUUCACUGCCCGAUUUGGACCCACAAUCAAGCGAAUCAGAGUUUUCGGAGACAUCGAAAGCAAGCAGUUUCUUCAUAAAAACCGAAGAAACCGAGACAGAAGGUUCGAAUAGCAAAAAAUCCGGCAAAAGAUCCAUCAUUGACUUGUUGCAUCAACGAAUGACUCCGUCACUCAAUAAAAUGAUGCAAAAAAAGAAGUUGCAAAAAGAGCUAACGCGUCAACCGGCAAAAAGUAACAACGAAUUAGAGCAACUACCGACCCCUACAGUCGAAAGCAGUUCUUCUUCCAAGUCAAAUUCAACGGAAAAAGACGAAAAAGUGAAACGAUCAAUUUUCGACUUGUCAAUUUUGAAGACCCGCACUCGCAACGAGCAAAAACACAUGAAACACAAAGAAAUCAUUCGUGAGAUCUUUUGUGGCGAAGAUCGUCCAUCAUCUGCUCCGCCCUUGGGACUGGAUUUAGAAACGACUUUCGACCAGAAAUUCGGGCAAAUUAUGAAGAAAAUCGACGAUAUCGUUGCCUCAACAUCCACUUCGCUGAACAUCAAGCAGGAAAAAUUGGAUGAAACUUUUGUGCCGCCGCAGGACGAAGAAACGACAGAUACCGUUUUGAAUGUCAACAAUGAUCGCGACGGGGAUGAUCGUGACUUGGAUACGCCCAGUGUGAAUAGCGAACGUGACAUGAUAACCCCCGUUUCGUUCAAAGAUAUGCCAAAACCGACGAAACGUGGGAGACAGGCUCGCCGGAAACAAAGUUCAGGCUUUGAUUACAUCCGAAAGAAGAAGAAACCAGCACCGACAAAUAGCGAUGGAACUCCCGUGGCGACCAAGAGACGAAUUGCCGCCGUAAAUUACUUGCAGGAAAAGGAUGAGAACGACAUCAGCAAGGAAGUCAAGGGAUGGGUGUUGAAUAAAGGUGUCGGCGAGUGUUACUUGCAUAAAGCAGCGCGUUUGGGAUAUUUGGAUGUCAUCGCGUAUUGUCUCUUCCGCAUCGAUAUGGAUGUCGAUACGAAAGAUAAUGCCGGUUACACAGCUCUGCAUGAGGCUUGUAGCAAGGGAAAUCUCGGAAUUGUCCGUUUAUUGCUGCAAUGUGGAGCGAAUCACUCACAAACUGCUCUUUCGGGCUUUCGACCGUUGCAUGAAGCAGUCCAAAAUAACUACACGGAGAUCGCGAGACUACUUUUGGCAUACGGAGCUGAUCCAUCGCUAUCCACGUACUCAGGACAAACUCCUGAAAUGCUGGCAGAAACGGAGGAAAUGGAAAGAUUUCUCAGUAACUAUCUCAAAGACGUGCAAGGAGGAGUUAGUCCUGCUUGGCAAUUGCCUCAUCCAUGGCAACAAUAUGAUUCCGAUACCGAAGCUUUAGACAUUUUCGAUGGCGUCUCAGAACUCUUUCCGGAACCAAUUUCAACCACAACAACUCCCGUAAAAACUGUCGCUGUCAAGAAUUGCGAUUCAAAUUUGAAUAAUAUCAUCAAAGACGAACGUAUCAAGUACAAAUCGUGCUCCGUUGUGCUGAACAACAUUGAUCACUUGAAAUCUCUCAGUCCGAAGGCACUCCGAAAAUCAUUGGAUAACCUCGAGGUGAAAAAUCAAUUCAACGACGUGCUGCCCAACAUGGAAUCCGAUGGCGAAAUGUUCGAAUUUGAAGAAUCCGAGUACCCAUUGCCGCCGUUGUACUUGUUGCAAGACGAAGGCUCCGAUAAAUGGAUCAUGUUAACGGACUUGUGUAACAUCCUGAAGGUCAAAUCAAAAGAUGCCGUUCUCAAACAAAUCGACCCAAAUACUCCAACAUCAACAUUGAACAAAGAACUCGUGCGAGAAUUAAAAAUCACGGACUUUAUCGAGAAAGCGACUUGUUUGCAGCUUUUGUGUGCAGGCGAAAAAUUGAAUGCGAGAGCGUCAAAAGUGGUUCUCGUGCGUUACAACGAUGCAGUCAAGAAAUUACUGAAUGUCCAAACAAUCGUACUUAAGUUUUAGAUAAUGAGAAAAAAAAAAUUAAAAGGGCCUUACAAGAAAAUAGAGAGUGAAGAUUCCUCAAAAAACACAAAAAUAAAAUGUAAACGAAUAAGAAUGAGUAGAUAGAAAAGAAAAGAAUUUUUUAUUUUUGUGUGAAAAGGCUGAUAAAAUUAAAGCGAGCAAAAUAUCUCGAUCGACUGUAAAAAAAAAUUAGAAACAAC